AUGGCCGAAGUCGACGAAAAGGCCGAGGCCGUCACGGUCGCCAGCCACCACACCACGCAAAAAGCCCACUUCGAGCACGACGAGCUGUACCACGCCUACGCGGCCAAGAGCGAAGAAUGGCAUAGAGACAUGACGCGCCGACUCAUGCGCAAGGUCGAUUUACAUCUCUUGCCGCUGCUGGUCAUUAUGUACCUGCUGAACUUUCUGGACCGGAACAACCUCUCCCAAGCCCGCCUCGGCACCCUCGAAUCCGACCUCCGCAUGUCCGGCACCGACUUCAACCUCGCCACCAGCAUCCUCUUCGUCGGGUACCUGCUCAUGCAGCUGCCGUCGAACCUGCUGCUCACGCGCGUGCGGCCGAGCCUGUUCCUGGGGAUAGCAAUGGGCAUCUGGGGCGUUAUCUCGGCGUGUCAGGCGGCGGCGCAUUCGUUUGCGGGGCUCGUUGUUGCGAGGUUCUUUCUCGGCUUCGUCGAGGCGCCGUUUUUUCCGGGCGCUGUUAUGUUGAUGUCGAGUUGGUAUACGCGGCAAGAACUGAGCUACCGCAUCGCGUGGUUCUACGCGGGCUCGAGUCUAGCGAAUGCAUUUGGAGGCCUUAUUGGUGCUGGUGUGCUCGGGAAUCUGCACAUGGCGCAUGGGAUCUCCGGGUGGAGGUGGCUGUUCAUCAUUGAAGGCAGUAUCACGGUCGCGCUGUCGAUGUUGAUACCAUUCCUCCUCCCCAACUACCCCGCCACAACGCCCUGGCUCUCCGACUCGGAAAAAGCCUACGCGCAAUGGCGGCUGAUCAACGACGCCGGCGAAGCAGACGACACCGCCGCCUCAAGCAUAAAGGAAGCCCUGAUCGCCGUCUUCACCGACAAGCGCAUCUACCUCUUCAUCCUCCUGCAGCACGCCUCCCUCCUCUCCCAGACAUUCCAGUACUUCUUCCCCAGUAUUGUGCAGACGCUCAACUACGGGAACAUCGAGACGCUGCUUAUCACGGCGCCGGUCUGGAUCGCGACGUUCCUUGUUUCGCUCGUUGUGACCUGGUCGUCCGGCAAGACGGAUGACCGGAGUAUGCAUAUCAUCUGUCUGAUGCUAGUCAGUAUAGCUGGGUGUAUUAUCUGCACGGCAAGCACGAACAUCGGCGCGCGGUUCCUGGGCAUGUUCCUUAUGCCCAUGGGCGCUGUGUCUGCGUAUCAGAUCAUCAUCUCGUGGGUCGCGAACUCGUUUCCCAGACCGCUUGUCAAGAGGUCUGCUGCUAUUGCGACGGCGAAUAUGCUGGGCAAUACGGCGAGUAUCUAUGGGAGUUACAUGUGGCCCAGCUCGUCAGGGCCAAGAUAUAUUCCUGGCGGAAGUGCGACCGCGGCUGUGGCGCUGCUUGUUGCCGUCAUGGCGUUUGUGAUUCGGGCUGUGCAUGUGAGGAUAAAUAGGGGGUUGGAGAGGAAGGAAAAUGAGAGCCUCGAUGAUGCGAAUUUGGAUGCCCCGAGGGGGUUCCGGUAUAUCCUUUAG